AUGGAGUUUAUCAACAAUCAGAAAAGGCGAAAGACUGGCUCCCUACCGGUCCUCAGGGAAUCUGCGGGUCAUGAUGGCCUUUUGGUCUUGCAUUAA